CGGCGUCCCGACUCAAUCUUCACAGCUCUGCCUGCUUCAAAUCUCUUCGCCUCCACCCAUCAACCGAUCAAUUAUAUUUAUUUAUAUUUAUUUAUUUAUUUAUUAUUUAUCAUCCGCCACAUUCCUCGAUCGAUCCUUUCGUUUCGACCGGCCAUCAUGACAUCUCUGGAAGAAACCAACGAGGCCCCUGCAGCAGAGGCAACAUCAGCAUCCUCUCACCAGGAUGAUGGAGCAUCAUCGAGCCAUGACUCUGAGCUCCAGUCGAAGAAAGGCUCCGAGAAUACCGGUAGCGCCAAGGAAGUGAAUCCUCUCACGGACUUUGUGACGACUUCUUACGUCAUUGAUUCCAUCAACUCGACGUUGAAUGAGCUCAUGCAACAAGAAGAGGCAGGUUCGACCACAACAACAACAACAGAAAAGAAACAGUUUUUUGAACUGCAAAAACGAAUGCCCGAUGGUUCGGCACGCAAGGCCACGGACGAAGAAAUGUCGUCGCAAGACAUGAAAAACAAACUGGAACAGGCAGCGCAGUUGACCUCCAAAAUGUCCUUGGAACAGAAAAUUGAAUGGGCACAGAAACAACGACAGCAGGGCAAUCAGCUCUACCAAGAAGGAAAAUACAAGCAAGCCAUUGACAUUUACUUGACAUGUCUCGUGGUCCGUGAUACCACACAACAACAACAAAAAGUAGUAGACGAUCUACAAGUAUUCAUUCUUCCCGUCAUGAACAACUUGGCUCAGUCGGCAUUGCAACUGGGGUGGUACCAUAAGGCAGAAGUAUUUUGUACAUUGGGCAUGGAAUCCUUGGAGGAAGGUACCAAGGGUCAAGGCGUUGCCAAACUCUACUUUAAGCGUGGAAAGGCUCGACGACUACGGGGAUGCUAUGACACGGCAAAGGGAGACUUGGAGAAAGCCAUGGAAAAGCUGGGCGGCGAUAUCGAGAAUGAUGAUGACGACGAGAAAUCUCCAGAACAAAAAUCUAUUGAAAAGGAAUUCCAACUUUUGGCCAGGGCGGUAGCAGAAGGAAAGAAAAACAAGAAGCGAACACAACGAGCCAUGCAAAAGGUCCUGGGAUCUCAAUCCAGCCAAGAUGGAAACAACAUGAAUCCUUCGAAAGAAGAAUCCCUCAAAGAAACAAACUCUACGCCUCCGUCAACUCCCAAGACAACAAUAUCAUCGCCAUCCUCUCUCCCCAAAUCCAAUGAUAUACCCACCCCUUCGGAUGAUGACAUCAACACACCCUUGUACCACGAAAAACCAUCCCGGACGCAUUCCACAAUCCGCAAGAGGCCGGAAGGUCCACCUCCCUAUGAAAAACUUGAGCUUGAUGUGGACUUGUCUUAUUGGCAAAUGUAUCGGCUUGUGAUUGCAAGAGUCGCACAGCGAUUGUUGGACAUUAUUGGGGAGGAGGAAGGCACGGGGUUUGGAGGGGUACCAACCACUGUAUCCACAGAUGAUGCUGAUGGUGCCACAACCAAUAGACAAAAGCAGGACUGAGGAUGCAGUACUACAUGGCAUGGCGGGAGCGGCAUUGUCGUGCAGACCUAUACAGCUAACAAAUGCUGUAUUUCCUCUAUCGCCAGUGCAAACUCGUUUUUAACCCAUCCUAGUAGUCAAAAACAAUUGCUAGCUAUAGUGGAAAGCCAUUGUCAAAAGGAGGAGUGGGGGCAAAAACUAUUGGAGCCUUCCCCUGAUGGACACGAUGGUUGAGAUAUUGUUGACCUAGCUAGCUACCGUACUGGUAGCUGGGACGUUGAAGAUUCAAUUCAGUUCAGUUCACGACGUGAUGUACAGACUGUAUCUUCUUUGACUCCCGCGCCAC